CACGGCGCGGAGCUGGUGCUGGUCAAGCCGCGGAGGCUCAUGAACCUCAACGGGCUCAGCAUCGCCAGCGCCGCUGAGAUCUACAACUUUCGCCCAGAAGACAUUUACCUGGUUCAUGACGACCUGGACAAGGCACUGGGCAAGGUGGCGAUCAAGCUGGGAGGCAGCGCAAGGGGACACAACGGCGUUCAAUCCUGCAUCGGUGCUUUACACUCCAACGAGAUGACUCGGCUCAGGGUUGGCAUUGGACGCCCAGAGGGUGACGUGACUGUGUCCAGCUACGUCCUGGCUCCGUUCAGCGCUGGGGAGCAGGAGAGGCUGGAGCAAGUCCUGGCCCAGGCUAUUCCAAGGGGGAGCUCCGGUCUCUCUCUCCCACCUUUCCCCAUCAUAGUCUUCAUUCUCAAAGCUUUCCCCGGCUGGGGGAUAUGCCAGACCCUCACCACUGCAGCUCUGAGGUGA